GAUGUCUGACCUGAUCAGUUCUUGCUCUAUAAAAAAUUCCAUAUCACUAAGAUUUGAGGUAGUCAAUUGCUCUGUUUUUCCCCUUUACCUAAGAGAAUUGUCAGUUUCACCUCCCCUUUGUCUUUAAAAUCGAACUGCCUUUCAGCCCAAUUCUGUGAAAUAGUGCUACAACAGAAGUUUUAAAAAUUGUGAUAUACCAGCAUUAAAAAAGGAAUUUGAUAUGAUAUUGGGUUGGGAGGAAGUGACAGAGAAGACAGUGAGAAUGCAACAAUUUGAGAAUUCUUGUCUGGGUUCUCAGGAAUAAGUAAGUGACUUGUAUCUGAACUAGAAAGAGAGACUACUGUGGAAGCAUUUUUAGUUGUAUGUGGCAUUAGUAGCCCUUUUCAUGUUGCCUAACUCAGUAGUAGGAAACUGUGGCUGUCCAGAAGUUCUUGGACUUAAGCUUCCACCGCCUUGACAUUGGUCAUCCUGGCUAGGGGGUUAUGGGAACUGUAGUCCUACACAUCUGGAGGGCAUCAGGGUGAGAAAGGCUGCAUAUUGUGUGUAUGUUGGGUAAGUAGCCAUUAAUGCCUAGCUCACCUAUACUGCAGAAUAGGGGUGAGAGCCUCAAGUGCAGGGGGCAAAUCUGGCUGACUUGGGAGCGCAGUCUGGCUCUCUGCAGUUCUCCAGAUAACCUUCCCUGGUCCACCCCAUUUUCCCCAACUGACAAUCCUUUGUUGAUUUCCCAGUCUGUGAACAGCCCCUCAGUGAUAAAAAGGUAAAGUGCCUCUCCUGAAGCUUAGUAACUGCCAGUAAGAGUGUCAAGCUCUGCUGCUCCUUUUGGCCGACACUUUUGCCUUUCUUCCCACUGGAAUGCACUCACCUUCAAGAGCUCCGAAAUGGAAUUUGGCUCUUGUGCUAAAAUAGGUUCAUCAUUUCAGUGUAGACAGAUCUAAAGGAAGGGUCCUCUUGUGCUAAUGUCUUGCAGGUAUAAGUGCUUUACAGGAGAAGCUUCUGUAAAUGCCCAGCAGUGCCCUUUGGGCAUUCUCUUGAUUCUCCUAGUUCAACUUUCCUACUUCCUGCCAUCUGCAUGUGCCUUUUGGCAUCUUUGAAUCGAAAGGUUUCUUCCUACAUCUUCUCUUCCUCUUGCUCAUCCCCUGAACUUUCCUCAGUUAGAUCCCUGUUAUAGUCUGAGCAAUAUAUUUCCUGUAAGUUUCCAAACUGAAACUAUCCAGGUGGUUCCAGCAUAGGUAGAUUGUGGUCUGAGCCUUCUUGCACACAUCAGGAAGUCCUUAUGUACAGGCUUUCAUUAUGUAGAAGCAAAUGAUAGAGGUUGAAUUAGAUCCAAGUGGGGCCUUGCCUCAGUUCAGUGAUCUGCUCAGCCAGGAACUCAGGUGGUUGUGCCUCUGCUUCAGUUCCCCAUCUGUUCUGUGGAAUAAUAAUCUAUCUCACAUGGUUGUGGGGGAGCAAGAAGAGCAUUUCUAUAUUCCUGACAAAUAAUUCUUUACACACUCCUUUCUUCACCAUCUGAACCUGCCUAUCUUCUCUUUCUUCCAUUGCUUCACUCUUUAUCUUUGUUUACUGCUUUUCUGCAUAUCUCUCUUUCAUUGUUGUACCAAGGCUCGCUUGAAGACAAAAAAAUAUUCAUCCUUGUGCCUAACAGUGAUUAUAAUUCCAUUCCUUAUUUUUCUUUCCUAGAAGUGCAAUCAUAGAUUCUUUUUAAUAAUGCAUUGAUAUUCAACUUUAUGUACCUCUUUAAGCGAGAAAUAUACCUCCUUCUUUUAAAGGAAGAAUAACUUUGGUAGAAAAGAUCAUUUAUUUGGGACCUGUAGCAAGGGUGCAACCAGAUCUUGCAACUGUUUGAGAAAGGAAUACAGAUCACAGAUGGAAAGUCAGUUUGUUUUGUGUGCCUUGUGAACUAAAACUUUGAUAAUGUGUGAAAGAAUGCACCCUUCAGAGGUCUCUAGCAAAAUGAGCUACAGUUUUCCAAAAUAGGAGUUGUAUUGCAAUACAGAGUUUCUUUGUAGACUCAAGUCAUUUCUACCUACAGGGCAGUCUGUCAUUUUAUGGUAACACGUUCCUUUCUCCAGCCUAAUGCCACUUAGAUGUUUUGGGUGACAACUCCAGUAAUCCAUGACUAUUGGCCAGCAUAUGUUGCCUGUGACUGGUGGGAAUUGUAGUCGAAGCAUCUCGAGAACACCGCAUUGGUAGGGACUGAGUGCCUGUCAUGUUCUCCCUCUAAUGUUUUGGCAGUCAUGUUGAAUUUGGAAAGAGUCUUUUCUGCUGUUAUUUCAUUGUGGAUGAACUAUUUGCUGUUCUAAUAGAUUUGGCUAGGAUUCCAGGUAGCUUAAAGCACUGCUAGUUUUAGAAGUCCAUGUCCAAGAGGCAGCAGGAUAUGGCAAACAUAUCUGAGGCACUGGUAAAGACUAGGAGUUAGCAGUCAAGGAGUACAACAACCAUCCUCAGCUGGGUGUUGGACCACAACUUCCAUCAUCCACUCCCCCCACCAACCUGUUGGCUGAAGAAUUCUGGAAGUUGUAGCUCAAUGUAUCUGGACAGGACCAGCUUGGGGAGGCUGCAAUUUGGUAGUGUGUGGCUUGUAGAAAUGAACUAGGAAAAGGAGGGGCUUGAGCAUCAAGAAAAAAGGUGGCCUUCAGAGGCACUCCAUCUGCUUUGAAACCUUUCCCAAACCGACUUUGAAUGGUGGGCUUACUCCUCUCAACUAUGUGGAGACGCAGGCUAAGAGGGCUGAUAAUAAUGCUCAGUUCAGAGUCCCAUUCUGGUGAUGCAAUGGACUCUAAGCCCCAGUCUCUGGGCUCUCCGUUUCCCUGUACUGCUGCCAACGGUAGUAAGGGACCCAAACAACCAGCAACCAGCCCUGAGACAGGGGAUGCCCGUCCAAAGCCACCUGUGAAACCCAAGCCCUGUGUGCUGCCAAAGCCAGCCAUGCCAGUGAAGCCUGUCCCUGGGCUGCGUCAGGCUCUCUCUGAGGUGCCCUCUGCUGAAAAGAUGAAUUUGUUGGCUGGGCCUAAGCCAUAUAGCAGUGGGGCUGGCAAUGCUGUGAAGCGUCUCUCUUUUAGUCUAAAGGGCCCUCCAAGAGAAGAUACCAAUGGAAAAGAGGUGUCAUCUCCAUUUUCCACUGUGGUCAAACAGUCUGGAGAGAAAGAAGGAUCUGGCAGUGCAAAGAAAUCCAAUGCUGCCGAAGGAGCUUCGGGGGGAGAGCAUGCAGAAUCCUGCAGUAUACGUGAGAGCGCUGCCCCUUUCAAAGUGAAGCCGGUGCCAGUAGCAGCCAAGCCAGAGCGUUUCCCUGGGACCACAGUGGAGGAGAUCUUGGCCAAGAUAGAGAAACCCAGCAAAGAGGGGCCAAACAGCCCUGACAGGCCUCGGUUGGUACGCUCCUUCCUCAGCCAGGAUGGUGGCACAGCUGUUCACCUGGGGCCCAAGGGUUAUGCUGCAUUUCGCAGAUGUUCCAGUGGAGGUGAAGCAGGAGGAAUAGAAGCAGAGGGGCCUGCUUGCAGAGCCUCUUAUGAAGCUGAGGAGAACAGAUUAUCAAAGAACAAGGAGGAAACCACAAGUUCAAAUGGUCAGCAUGUGCCUGAAUCUGAGCAGCCAGAAAGAGCAGUCGAGACAAACUUAAAUUUCCUUUCUAGGGACAGUAGCUCCAGUCGACCUAGCAUGAGCUGUGAUGGAAGCCAACCUGGGCGUAGAAAUCCACCAUCUCCCCCUGGCGUGAGUUAUCUGCAGCACGGCAAUUGCUCCGCUGGGCUCUCUCCUUCCGGGCUCUCCUCUGUCUCAGGGACCUAUCAGCCCCUCAACAAGCUUUCUUCUGGAGUCUCACCUGGGUCUCCUGAUGCUCCUGCUGAAACAGCUCAGCCCCCAGGUGCUCCCUAUUUUCCAGCAGAUGUUUCCUGUACUGAAGCUCAGUUUCCACCAGGUUCCCCUGAUGCACCUACUGAAGUUCCCCAGUCUCCUGUGGAGGCCUCUCUUGGUCUUGGCCAAGCUCCAGGGUCCCCUGUGACCCUUGCAGACCCUUGUCCCCCAGGAUCCCCCAGUGCUUUUUUAAAGACUUCCCUAGGACACACCCUGUCUUCCUGUCUCUCAGAUCUUCCUGAGGUUUCUUUGCUCCCUGGGCAAUCUGCUAGCUCGACCAAUGUUUAUGCUGAGCACAGCCCAGAAGUCCCUCGCUGUGUGCUUGGAGUCUCUGAGUCCCCUGGUUCCCCAAGCACUCCUUCUGAGUACCAUGUUGGUUCUGAUCAGCCUCCUGGCUCUCCUUCUCACCCACAAGACUCCUUACCUUCUAGGGAGCAAGAUCCCAUCAAGAACCCAGCACAGGUGCUCCCUCAGUUCUCACAAUUGGUCCUAAGGCGUGCUUCAGAAGGAGUAGUGCAGCCACGUGGUAAAAAAUUGACCAGGGAGGAGCUGGGAGGAUCCUUGGCUGUCCUCCCAAGAGAGGGAGGAGGGGGCCCUCUUUUAGAACAAGCAACAGCAGGAGAGUCCAACUGGAGCCUUUCACAGUCCUUUGAAUGGUCAUUCCCUAACCGGGCUUUUGACAUUGGUGGGAGAAGACUGGGGUCUCCUCCCAGGUCUCCUAUUAAGGAAACUGAUGACACCAGCAUUUUGGAGACAGAAUUAGGUGGAGAGAGCCCUGUCCUCCAAGGAUCUCAUGAGGAGAUAGGUUUAAAAGGCCAGAGCAGGAAAAGGGAGGAGGUUGAGGAUUAUGGGAGCUCUGCCUGCUUAGAUGGCUCCAGGGAGUCCCCAAGACAUGGGAGGAAGGUUGAAUGGGAACUGGAGUCUUCUUCAGCCCUUGGGAUGUCAGCACCUGGAGGUCCUUCUGCUCAGCAUGAGCCCAUGAGCCCCAGGUUGCAGAGCCCUAUAGUAGCAGAAGAGGGUGGCAUUCAAGUGGAGCAUGAUGGCUUCCAGCCUUUUGCCCCAACUUCUGAGAAAGAAGCUUUACGGGCAAUGGAGCCCUUGCCAAAUGUAGAGGAUGCUGCCCCCCCUGCAGAACCUUGCAUCUUGUUCUCAGAAGAUGCCCAAGUACAGACAGCUGCCUCCUGUCAGGAGGACAAUAGUGCUCUGGCUCUGGCACAGGAAGGCAAGACAGGGGGUGUCGACCAUGCCAAGGGGCUUGAGCCUGAUCAUAGCUCACACUGGCUGGAUGAACUUCUGGCAUCUCCACCUCCCAGUGCUGAUGACACCAAGAGGAGAAGCACACCCAAACCAGAAGAUCCCACAGGACCAGAGAAUCUCCUUGGAUGGUCACAGAAGGACUUUUGCAGUGAGUUUGGCUUUGUAGGAGAUGAUCAGUCUGCUUUUGGAAUGGAUUGGUCACCUCAUGUCACUAAGGCGGAUUGGCCUGAUGAAACGGAACAGGAUCGAGAGUUUGGCAUUGGCACACGGGACUGGCUGAGCUCAUAUAGUGUUGGUGAUGCCAAAACACAGGAUAUAGAAUUUGGUACCAGCCAACAAGACUGGACCAGAGGGACACCACUGAUAGGCAGUUCCAACCCAGGACAAGAAGCUUGGCUUGCCACCUAUAGCAACAGUUGUGCGGACCAGCAGAUUAAGGAGUCAGAUUGGAGCAGCACAUACAUCAGUACCGUCGAGUGUCAGGACCAAGAGCCCUACACAAGAAAGCCAGGCUGGCCCAAACUCUGCAGUGCUGAGGAUGAUCAGGGGAGCAGCAGUUUUGAAGCUGAGAAGACAGGUUGGGGCAGCCAGUACCAUGUUACUGCUGCUGAAGGAGCCGACUGGGUCAACAAAUACAGUGUGGAAGAUGCCAGAGGUCUAGAAUCAGGGGUCAACAUUAAGUCCUCCGAAGAGUAUGACAAGUACAUUACUGACAGCCGUCAAGAUACCAAACUUGGUACUGGACAACCAGAGGUGCCUGAUGAUUGCAGGGCUAUGGAUGCCACCUCUCAAGAUACAACACUGAAUGCUAACCAGUCAGCUUGGCCCAAUGAAACCAGUGCUGGCAGUACUGCUAAUGAACCACAAACAGAAUUUGGCACCCAGCAGGUUGAGCAACCCAGUGAAAAUAAUGCUAACCACCCAGAAUCUCAGGGUAGUGCUCAGCAGCAAUCACAGCCCAUGUAUGGUUCCAGUGAUGGCAGCUGUCAGGAGUCAGAAAUGAGUGUCAAGGUGUCUGACUGGUCUAGCAGAUAUGACAUGGGGGUUACCCAAUCCCGUGAGGGUCAGUUCAGUGUUGAGAAGCCAGAAGGAACAAGGAAAUAUGAUGACAAGCAAACAGGCUGGGAAAGAGAACUAGACAAUGGAGACAGGGGCAGCAGAACUGAGUUUGAUUAUCAUGAUCAGGAGUUUUGUGCCCAGAAGCAGGUUUGGGCUGAUGAAUACAGCCUGAACAAAACUGAUCCUAGAAGUGGUGAUUUCCCUGCUGGCACACGAGAUUGGGUCAAAGACGCUCAUCUCUCAGAAACAGAACAGAAAGAACUGUUUAGUGUCACAGAGAAGGACCAAACUGGUAGUUUUGGUUCAUUCCAAUUCUCAAAGCAAACAGUGACAGUGGAUUUGGAGGAAACAGUUGACCGACUGAUAGAUCAGGUUGGGGGCUUAAAAACUGAAGCUAAAGGAGUAGGAGAGGAACAACCUGCGUGGACUCAAGAUCUUGGUGUCAGAGAUAAGUAUCUCUCUGGUGACUUGAAAACUGAGAGCCCUGAUUCAUCUAAACAACCUGCAGAGAAGCAGCCUUAUUGGUUCUCUGGCCCGGGCUUGGAAAUCAUUUCUGCCUCAUCUGAUGCAAGGCCUGGGGUUCUAGAAGAGACCAGAGAACCUGGUGUGGGACAAGCAGAUUUGGCCUAUAGUUCUGGCACUGAAAGCAUGGAUGUAUCUACUUUGAGGCCUAAGGCUUUCGAUGGGACUAAGGAAGUGGACCUAAUAGAUGGGACUGGCACAGCUGAGCAUAAAGGCCACAACAAUCCCUUUGGAAUUACUGGUUUGGAUGGAGAUGUGGCACAGCACCCAGAAACUGCUAAAGAGAGCAGAAAAUUUCAUAAUCAACGACUGUCCAGUCCUAGCCACUUCCUGGAAGAGAUGGUUUCCAAUAGUGCUGUCAAAGAGUUGGCACAUCAGAAGAGACCCGCCUCCUUCCACAGCUACCAGCUGGAAGCACAGAAGAGACUGAGCAACUUGCCUGAUGAGAAGGCUAGGGUAUCUCCUUCUCCAGUGGAGAAGGAUGAAAAGGUUUUGGUUGGUGCCGAGGGUGGAGAGAGCCAGUUGGACAUUGGAAAUGGGAGUCAACUGCCUGAAGAAGCAAGGGUGCUGAGUCAUCCAGAGCAAAAUGGAAGCCAAAUAACACAACCGGCAUCCCAGGAGGGUCAUGCUUCAGAGAAGGCUCUAGAAGUGAUGAGGGAAAACUUCUUUUUAGGGGAUACAGAGGUUCUGGACAACACCGCAUACCGUGAGCGUGCUAAUUUGGGCCGCAAGAGGGGCCACCGGGCACCAGCCACACGGUCUGGAGGUGCUCUUUCAGAGAAUAGCAGCUGGAUGUUCAGAGAUUCCACAGAGCCUCGAAUAGCUUCCCCAGCCUCAGAUGAUGAAGCCCAUGAGGAGGUGAAAAGUAGGAAGUCAAGAAAUUCUCCACUCUCCAAGGGGGUAAAGGUGCCCCUCUUUCCUGGUCUCAGUGCAUCAGCACUAAAGGCAAAGUUGAGAGGACGAAAUCACUCUGCUGAGGAAGGAGAUCAACAGAGUGAGGCCAAAGACACUAACGUACAGCGCUCUAAAUCGUGCAAGAUUGCCAACAUCAGUGGGAAGUCUCUGGUGCUGCCGCCCAAGCCAGAGAAAUCCUCAGGGUCAGAAACAUCCUCACCCAAUUGGCUGCAAGUUCUGAAGUUGAAAAAGAAGAAACCUUGAAAUAAAACAAACAUUCAGAUGUCGCUCUCCUGCUACUGGGGCCUUGACAGUGGAUGCCCCGGCAAGACAUUCACGGGUGGGGGCUGCAUGGUGUGGCUGGAGCCAGAGCCCCUGCCUGACAACCUUGAGGGGAAGGGGGGAGGGGGAGAGGGAGAACGAGGCACAUUUAUGCACUUUGUAUCACACUCACUCACUCAUGCAUAUAGCGGUCAGAUUCCUCUCUGCCGCUGUCCUGUCUGUUUCCUCCUCUUUUUUUCUUCUUAUACCACAUACAAUUUUAUAAAGUUUCUUUAUUUUAUUUUAUUUUAUUUUUUUUGUAAUCGGUCAAAGAGCUUGGUCCUGGCCCUUUUUCUUUCACCCCAAGGUAGGGAGGGAAGACAAAGAGGUGAGGCUUUCGCUCUCUCUGCUGCCAUAUAAUGCAUUUCAGACAAAAGAGAAAUGAUUUUUUCCCCUUCAGUCACUUGAAACAAAUAAAGGUUUUAUGGUUAUGGA